UAUAUGCAAAAGUCACAAUCAAACUGGCAAACAGAGUAUUCAGAUACUUUUUUGAAACCAAUCAAAACACAAUAAACAAUCAAAAUGGUUUGCAAAGGCUGUGGAACUAACUGCAAGUGCCAGGACACCAAGUGCGGCGACAAUUGUGCCUGCAACCAGGACUGCAAGUGCGUGUGCAAGAAUGGGCCCAAGGAUCAGUGUUGCAAGAGCAAGUAGUUUAAGCCGAUCGAUUGGAUGAAAACCAAUAAAUGAUAGCCCGUGUGUAAGCCUCAAAGCAUACCAACAUAUCUGUGGGCCACCGAGUAUUCUGUCAGAAA